CUUCAUCGCAACUAUUGGACGAAUGCAGCCCUGAUUGGGCACCUUGCCUGCACUUAGGCUAUGGCAGCAGAGGUGCUACCACUGGUGGAAGCUGCUACAAAAGGCUCACAAGCAGCAUCAGUCGGCACAACUGCCACGGAUGCAACACCGAGUGUCAUCCACUCCGGCCUCACCAGGAUGCCAAACUGAAUUGACAUGUGCUGGCAUCGCAAGGAUGGAAGAAGAGCUUGCACGCCACGGUGCAGCAACUUACCAGCUUAGAGACGCAGUAAAGGCAACGAAAUUCACAGAGGAGGAACAGCAAAGUGACACAACAAAGUGUCCUUGUGCCCUGAACUCCCGUCAUUUCUGGCCCUCAUGGGGAAAGUUUCAGUUGAGCGCCAAUGAAGUUGAGGACACUAGACAGAUGGCCAACGUCCGGAUCUAUGUUGAAGAGGUGAUAUUUGCCUUGGGUGGAAUUGCCAACCAGUUCUGGUUGAUGCAACUUGGACGUCUUGUCUCUAGUUACCUUUUCUCGGACGAUUGAACAAAACAUGGCAGAUGGGAUCAAACAAAUGUA